ACGAGAAUAGAGAAUCCCUAACUUAGAGUGGAUUUGGGGAUGAAUCAAUUGCAGACGGCUCUCCGAAGAAGCAUCCACACGUCUCCACAACAAACAACUCCUCGUCUCACUAAAAUCUCAUUACACCCUCCCAAGACUGUAGAAGUCGAAUUUGCAGAUGGGAGUGCCUUCAAUUUGUCAGCGGAGUUUCUUAGAGUGCACAGCCCUGCUGUGGAUAGUAAGAUUAGGUCUGUUGGUGGUGAAAAGGUGAUAUAUGGGCGACGGCAUGUUGGUAUCAUGUCGGCUGAACCUAUUGGAAACUAUGGACUAAGAGUAGCUUUCGACGACUUGCAUAAAACUGGGAUUUAUACAUGGGAUUAUUUCUAUCAUCUUGGAAGCAACAAGUUUACACUCAUGAGGAAUUAUAUAAGGACCCUGAAAAAACAUGGACUCAGCCGAGACCCACAGAGAAGAAAAUGACCCAGAGGCCUAAGGUCCUUGGGGGCCAGAAUUUUCAAUGGUUUAGUGACGCCUUUCCUUUGCAGUCCAAUUUGUUGUUUUCCUGUCAAUAUGGAAAUGCCCCGUAAAAGUGUGGAUGGUAGUUACAAGGAAAAAUAGAUAACUCUCAGUUGAACUUCAGUCUGGAAUCUCAAACGACUGUUAUGCCAUUGAUGCAAAUUCUGUAAUAUUAUGUUGAGUGUCGGGUAUCAUCCAUUAAUGUUU